CGCAGCUUGCAGCGCAUGGUGGUGACAGCCGGUGGCGGUGCACCCUGCACCGUGACGUCAUCACAGGUAGCCGCGCCGAGGGGGCCGGCGGCAGUCGAGUCGCGCCCGCCGAGCGGAGCGAUCGUGUCGCGCACCUCACCGGCCGCAUGCCGGAGAACCAGUCGGCGGGAUGGCCGCCCACGGCGUGAGCGCCGCGCUAUGUUGAAGCAUGCGACGCGGCCGCCGGCGGCUAAUGAUGCCGACCACCGAUACCAGAACAUGCCACGGCGGCCGCACCACCACCUGCCGCUUAACGUCUCCACGCUGGACUCCUCCAAGCACUCGGUGGGCGGCACUUCAGCUAGCGUCAGCCCCGGCGGCCAGCCAGCGCCCGCGCCGCCGCAGGUGGCGGCGCCUGUGCCCAUUUCCUCUCCGCCCAAACUGGCCAAUGGUACCGCACCGGGUUUGCAGCCGCGCUCGGUGGGCAUGAGGAGUCGCAGCUCGCGAGCAGCCACGGAGGAAGCACUGACGUCGCUGGCAUUGCUGUGCCUUGUCAGCCUAUUGCUGGCGCUUUUGGCGUUACUCUUCCUGCUCAAAAUCUCAGCGCCGGCAACGAGCGCGCCCGAGGAGUUCGCGGUGGUGUACGAAGUGACAUUGGCCCUGUGCGCGUUGACUCUGUCGCUGAACCUGUGCUGCCUGCUCGUGUGCGCGAUACAGUUCCUGUUCGCGGUGAAGCUGGUGCACUCGCCUUCGGCGCCCAACGGCCGAUCAAACAAAUAUCUGCAGAAAUCGGCGAUAACGCGUGUUUGUGCUGUAGGAGGCUUCUUCAUAUCGAUACCGGUGUUUUUAACAGGGAUAAUACUCUACACAUUCAUCCAAUUCCAUUCAACGCCGGCUAUAGUAACAUCUGUGUUUAUUGGAGUUGGUAUAAUUUUUUGCGGCUGUGCGAUGGUUCACAAUGUCUUCGUGUGGCAGAAAGAGAAGACGAAUCUGGUUAAAGCGUUCCGAGCUCAAGAUUUGAAUGCAACGAAUGCUACGUCACCGAAUAUUAGCACCUCUAAUGGUGCUCUACUUGGUAAUGGACAUUUGAACACGACGAGCGGCAAUGUCAGCUUCCAUAGUGUUGCUGGGGCACCAUACAAUCACCCAAUAACGUUGCUCCAGCAAGGAGGACCUUACAUUAUCAGGCCACCGACGAGCACGCCGCCGGGUGAGGGAGCUGCGACGCCGGGUGUGCCCGCCGCCACCAUAGACCUCAGCCACGAUGCCCACGAGCUCAGCACACUGGUAUAAACACGCCACGUAUCAUAGACAACAUAGUUUCGGUAUACCACGUGUUAUAGACUAUCAACUCUAGCGGGAACACUUUUCAAAGACAAUCACUUAUUUUUUAAGUGCAACGACUGAAGCUUACCAUAGACAA